AUGGAUCGCCGACAAUCACAAGCGUGUCUGCAAGUGACGGACCCAUUGAAUUUCGGUAUCGAUAGAAUACUGAAUACUAACACUGACUCGGAUCGAUCGACGAAUAAAAAAGGAAAGUGUACCGGUAGAGCUGUAUUCACGGUCACGCAAAAGAAUUGGUUAGAAUACUAUUUCCAAAUGGAAAAAUACAUUACCAAACAAAACAGAAAGAUAUUGGCUUCCAGUCUUGGACUUACAGACUUGCAGGUAAAAGUAUGGUUUCAGAAUAGAAGGAUGAAAUGGCGGAAUACCACAGAUGCCACGUCUUUAAGUAAAUAA